UCCCGAGCCCCGCCCGGUGCGCGCCCACCCCCGCGGCGCCGCCGCAGCCCCCGCGCCCAUAUAGGCUGCCCCGCCGCGGUCGCCGCGCCGCUGCCUCCUCCUCCAGGCAUGGCACAGGGCUCUACCUCACUAUGGCAGCAGCAGCGCGGCACAGCACCCUGGACUUCAUGCUCGGCGCCACAGCUGAUUGCAAUGCCGUUCUUAAAGCUCUACAGCCCGUUUUUCAGGAGCAGGGAAUGACAGAAACAGUUCAUAACUGGGAAGAUCAUGGUUAUUUAGCAACCUACAUCCAAAAAAAUGGCAGUUUUGCCAAUUUGAGAAUUUACCCUCAUGGAUUAGUGUUGGUGGAUCUGCAGAGCUACAAUGAUCAAACAAAAGGAAGAGAGGAAACCGAUCGGCUUCUAGACAAAGUAGAAGAAAGAAUGAAAGAAUUAUUUCAUGGCAACAUAAAAAGGGUAAAACGAUUGCCAGCCAUUUUGAGAGGAGGCGCCAUUGAUAGGUAUUGGCCCACAGCUGAUGGACGCUUGGUGGAGUAUGACAUAGAUGAAGUUGUUUAUGAUGAAGAUUCACCUUUUCAGAAUAUUAAAAUUCUACAUUCAAAACAGUUUGGGAAUAUUCUUAUCCUCAGUGGGGAUGUUAAUCUGGCAGAGAGUGACCUGGCAUAUACCCAAGCCAUAAUGGGCAGUGGAAAGGAAAACUAUUCUGGCAAAGAAGUGCUAAUCCUAGGAGGUGGUGAUGGGGGUAUACUAUAUGAGAUAGUCAAACUGAAGCCAAAGAUGGUUACUAUGGUAGAGAUUGACCAAAUGGUGAUUGACGGGUGUAAAAAAUACAUGCGUAAAACAUGCGGAGAUGUCUUAGACAAUCUGAAAGGAGAGUGCUAUCAGGUUCUAAUUGAAGACUGUAUUCCCGUACUGAAGAGGUAUGCCAAAGAAGGAAGGAUGUUUGAUUAUGUAAUUAAUGAUCUGACAGCUGUUCCAAUCUCCACAUCUCCAGAAGAAGAUUCCACGUGGGAAUUUUUGCGGUUGAUUCUUGACCUCUCAAUGAAGGUCCUGAAGCAAGAUGGAAAAUAUUUCACACAGGGAAACUGUAUCAAUCUGACCGAUGCCUUGACUCUUUAUGAAGAACAGCUUAGCAGGCUUUAUUGUCCUGUGGAGUUUUCAAAAGAGAUCGUGUGCGUUCCCUCCUACAUGGAAUUGUGGGUAUUCUACACUAUUUGGAAGAAAUAAACUGAAGUCUGAACAUCAAGAUUAUUCAAGAUUAUCCUAAAUGUACAUGCUGCAUGGAGCAUAUAGGCCUGCCACGUGCUGCAUAUUGGCAUCUUGAACCUUUAAAUUAUAUGCUGUAGAUGAUCCUGAAACUUAGUCAUGCUAUUGAUCGUGAAUUCUUUAAAUGUUUUUAUUAUUAUUUUAAUUUAAAAGCAAAUGGAAAAUGUAUAUUUUGAUGAGCUAGGGUGUUAUUUUUGAAAGUCAACUUAAAGAUGAGUAAGCAGCAAAACUAUAUAGCUGCUGAAUGCACUGAACCUUUAGAAUGUGAUCCUUUUUAGUUUUUGUAGAUCUUCACAAACUGAUUAAAAAAGACAUCUUGAGCAUUUCA